GGCGGCGGAGGAGCCGCCAAAACCAAACUAGACGCCAUUCUGGAGCCUCCGCCCGCACGUCUUAUCUCUUCCCCGGCCACCAUCUCUGCCAUGUCUUUCGGGAGAGGCAAUAACGAGUGUCGCAUCUACGUAGGCAACCUGCCUCCGGACAUCAGGACCAAGGACAUCGAGGAUCUGUUCUAUAAAUUCGGGAAGAUUGUGUUUAUAGAUCUGAAGAACCGUCGUGGGCCACCAUUCGCCUUCGUUGAGUUUGAGGACUCAAGGGAUGCUGAAGAUGCUGUCCACUCCCGUGAUGGGUAUGACUACGAUGGUUAUAGGCUGCGAGUGGAGUUCCCUCGUAAUAGCCUUCCUGGAGCUGCCAGAGGAGCUUCUGGUAGGGGAAGAGGGAGAGGACCACCAGCAAGGCGAUCACAGUAUCGAGUCCUAGUUACAGGUUUACCUCCAACUGGUAGCUGGCAGGACCUAAAAGAUCACAUGCGAGAAGCAGGUGAUGUGUGCUAUGCAGAUGUUUACAAAGAUGGCACAGGUGUCGUUGAAUUUCUCCGUUAUGAGGAUAUGAAAUAUGCUGUUAAGAAGUUAGAUGACUCAAAAUUUCGAUCACAUGAGGGGGAAAAUUCUUACAUUCGUGUGAAAGAAGAUUACGGAGGAUCAAGUCCAGCCUCGGGUGGGGGUGGGGGUGGCCGUGGGCGGUCACGGUCCCGAUCCCGCUCACCUCGUGGCUAUCGAGGCUCUCCUACAUAUUCACCAGUGCGACGAUCGUAUUCUCGGUCCCCAUCACAGUCUCGGUCCAGGUCCCGAGAGCGUUACUAAGAUACACUCGGUGGGAGUGUGAUACCUGGUAAAAGUCUUGGGUACAGAGAAGUGAUGUAUGUCUAGCCCACAGACUUAACCUGGUGGACUCAACCCAAAUAUGUGAUGGGUGCCAAGUAAUAGGCUGCAGCAUCCUAUUUGGACUCAUCUUUAAAAGGAGCACUAAUCUCCACACUGACCUCGGGUGCCCUGAGCUGACCUGAUAGUGUCUCCGGACCCAUACAGCCCUUGGCACUGGACUGGAGGACGUCAGGUCUGCACUGUUGCCAGUCAAACGUCCCACUUGCCCUUUGGUUCACUGGCUGUCCCCAUUAUUUCUCAUUUUGUUAAAAGGCCCUCCAGUGUGUAUGUAGCAUCAUUGCCCUUAACUUAAAAGUUUGGAAAAAUCAAGUUGGUUAGUGAAAUGCCAUAUUAGAUGCAAGAUUGGGCAGCCAGUUUAAAAAAAAAAAAUAGCACAUUGCUCAGUGGCAUACUUGUUUUGUGGAAAUGCAGCCUAAUGGAAAGUUUUUUGUACUUUUUUAGAAUUUUUAUUAAAGGUGACUAACAAAGAUUUCCAAUUUACAUAGGUGUAUGCAGUCUAUUCUGUGGUCAAUGUUCAGUAUUAAGGGAACUUUCAAUGUCUUCGUAUACAAAGGGCAAGUUAAAUUUGUAGAUUUAAUGUAAGACUGUAUUAAGUUUACAAAAAGCAUAUGUUAUGAGGUUAACAUUAGUCAGGCAACAAGGCCAAUUAAGUUUUAUUUAGUGGCUCCUAUGCCAAUUUAAGUUCACUUGUCUAAUAACUGUGCUGUUAUUUUUGUUCUCACAUUCCAUUCUGCCUCCUCACCUGAGCAAUUCUUAUAUCUAAUAUUUUUCUUAGUAUUCAGUGUGUAAAUACACCACAUACAUUUUAAUAAACUGUUCAAUAAAAAUUUGUCUUCUGGAUUUUGUAUUGAAUGAAGCUUUACCUGUAGGCUAUAGACAUCGUAUGACUCGAGACUAAUUGUUUGUUUUUCUCUCUACACAGUCCCGUAGCUAGUAGGCUGCUGCAAUAUGGCCAUCCUUCCUGCCAAAUUAUCGUAGAUUUUGGAAAGCUAGGAUUUAAGAAGUGGAGGAGGAGGAUUCACAGUGGCAUGGACGAGAGGCUCAAUCAGGAUCAAAGGAUCAGGAGGAUACAUGCUGCAGCAAGCUAGCAAGGGGAGGAUCACACUAUUGGAUUGGAUAACUUGGAUCACAAAGGAUCUCACACUUGGCCUUACCAAGGAGACAAAAGGAUUAUGCGGGGACAGGUUCUGCGCUUGGAGGAACUCACUGGAGGAUCAUGGAUCACUUGUGGAUAAGGAUUUGAAUCGGUCAAGGGAUUCACCAAGUAGCAGAGGACUGGAUUUGUGAGUUAAGAAUUCACCUUCCCUCCCCUCAAUUGCCUGAACAUGAUAAUAAAAUUCCCGGCAUAGUCCUCUAGUUAGUACAAAGUUUAAAAAAAAAAAAAAAAUUGCCAGUCUCUGACAUGAAUAUGAAAUCCUCUAGAUAUUUAAUUGGGGUGGUUAAAGGAGAGAUUUUAAAGAUAA